UGUGUUUACAUCCUCUCAGCUGUUUCUGCUGGAGAAAAACACAACGCUGGUCGCUGAGACCCGCUUAAAGUAGCCACGGGUUUUUACUAACUGACACAAUUCUACCAUCUUUCAGUCUUGAAAACAGCGCCUGACAUUUAUUAAUGGGGAAAAAGACAUGUGAUGAUGAUCUGAGGUGAUUGGAAGGCCUGAAUCAUCCUGUCUUUCAUCUGCCCAAAGAAAGAACCCUUUCCUCUUCAAUGUGAAGAAGAGUUGGUCCUGUGGAAGUGUUUCACCUCCUCUUGUUCUACUUUUUUCUUUUUUAUUCCUUUCUUUUCUCUUGGAGAGGAGGGGACCAUGGGUGGAGCAGUGAGUGCAGGGGAGGACAAUGAUGAUUUGAUUGACAACCUGAAGGAGGCUCAGUAUAUUCGCACAGACAAGGUCGAACAAGCUUUUAGGGCUAUAGACCGUGGUGAUUACUAUUUAGAGGGCUACAGGGACAAUGCCUACAAAGACUUAGCAUGGAAGCAUGGCAAUAUUCACCUCUCAGCCCCAUGCAUCUAUUCAGAGGUAAUGGAAGCGUUGAACCUCCAGCAAGGACUGUCUUUUCUCAAUCUGGGCAGUGGCACGGGAUACUUAAGCACAAUGGUGGGCCUGAUCAUUGGUCCUUUUGGAGUAAAUCAUGGUGUGGAGCUCCACAAGGAUGUGGUGGAAUACGCAAAAGACAGACUUGAGGAGUUCAUAAGAAACGGUGACAGCUUUGACAAGUUUGAGUUCUGCGAACCUAAUUUUGUAGUGGGGAACUGUCUGGAGAUCUCGUCAGACAGCCAUCAAUAUGAUCGCAUAUACUGCGGAGCAGGAGUUCAGAAAGACCAUGAGAACUAUAUGAAGGUCAUGCUCAAAGUUGGGGGGAUUCUUGUCAUGCCAAUCGAGGAUCAGUUAACUCAGAUAACCAGAACCGGUCAAAGCUCGUGGGAGAGUAAGAACAUCUUGGCGGUUUCUUUUGCACCUCUCGUACAGCAGAGCAGAACUGACGGCAGCAAGCCUGACGCUGUGGUGCUGCCUCCGUUUUCUGUGAGGAGCCUCCAGGACCUCGCCCGCAUCUAUAUUCGCCGCACGGUGCGCAACCUGGUCAACGAGGAGGCACUGUCCAAAGGCCCAGUGCAGAGAGCGCCUCAGAAACGUAAACGCCGGCGAUGCCGCCCUCCCCGCAUAAACACCUACGUCUUUGUGGGGAACCAGCUGAUUCCAGAGCCCAUGGAGAGCGAGGAAGAUGAGCGGAUCGAGAAGGAAAGUAAAGAGGAAGAGCAGGACAAAGACACCAUUGUGGAGCCAUUGAAGCCAGAGGAGCCUCAGGUUAACUUGCUCAGAGACAAGAUUCUAAACCUGCCGCUGCCAGAGCCGCUGAAGGCGUACCUGUUGUAUUACCGUGAGAAAUAGUCAAACGACCAGACAUUCUGCCUAUGGAUGAGUGGAUUUUCAUGAUGGUUCUCUUUUAGGGCAAUUUUUUUCGUCCUGUUAAUUUCUUUGAUUGUAGCAUAAUUUAAGAUUUUUUCAGGAUGGUAAGUCUGAAUCUGGAACCUGUAUGGUUUAUAAUAUGCUGUUCUAAUGAUUCAUAAUCCUGUUAUUGAAUCUGAUAUAGGAAUCCUUUGAGCACUGAGGACCUGUGGAGGUUUCUAGUUCUCUAUGUUUAUACUCAAAAGAGUUUGCUAAAUUUGCUAAGAUAUUUUUUGAUGUUUUUGUUUCCCCCUACGAUUCACAGGCUUAUAUUGCUCAGCCUUGUCAUUCAUCAAAUGAGUCAGAUUUGUAGAAGUUCAUAGUUCAUUUUCCUCAUCAGAACACAUAGGUAAUUGUUAGGGAUGACUGUUGCCUUUUGGGAAUCUGAGCUUGGGUGUGUUUCUUCUUUUUGUGAGGCUUGUUAAUCGGUCUGGACCUGUUUGAUGAGGCCCUGUCUUGCACUGUUUUGUCUGGAAGCACAAACAGGCUGUGAGGUCAGUGACAAAGCUGGCUUUAUGGAUUUGCAAACUGAGUUGUUUUCAAACUUAUAACAUCAGUUGGGCUAAUCUUAGAUCAGGGGUUUACAGUCCUAGUCUUAGCACAUUUUUGGCUUUCCAUGAUGUAGAACAUUUUGAUUUAACUAAUUAGCUUAAUUAACAAGCUUGUUGUGUGCUGGAUCAGCUGUUUUAGAGUAGGGAAAACAAAAAAAUGUGCAGAGCUUGAGGAUUGCCAGCCUCUUUCUUAGAUUAAGUUUAGUCUUUGGCUCUUUAUGGAGAUUUAUCUAUGAUGAGCUCCAUUUUAGUCCACCACACUUAAUCUGUGUCAAAAACAUCUAUUUUGCUUCAUGCGAGCCUCUGGCUAUCUGUUUAAUAAGCUAGAGUUGCUGUAGCUUCAUAGAAUUCCUGUGUCAGAUUUUUCUGAAAACACUCAAGCUUGCUUGUGGCAUAAAGUAGAAGGUCAUGAGUGUCUGUGUAGUGUUUGACAGAGUGCAGUAAACAGUCUUUUCCGUUGAACAUAUUUGGAAAAAUAUUUCUGAUAGUAGGUAUGGAGUAUAAUAGGGCAGCAUGUGACAGCAGAUGGAUAUCUUUGAGCUGGGGAAUUUCUUUUAACAUGUGAAAACUGUGGACCUGUAAUUCUCAUUUAGCACUUUCAGUUUGUAAUUUCUUAAUUCUCCAUUUGAGGGUGUUCACGUUCUUUACUGUUUCCGGAACACUGAACAAAAUCACAUUCAGUAUAUCCUGUACUUAUUGACUGAUGGAGAUGCUCAGGAGUAUGUAGACAGAUCACCACAGGCUGACCAAGUGCUGUGUCCGCCUCUCCUUGCCUUCUGAGGAACUUACUAAUAUCUAAUUCUAAUUCUCAUGGUUAACUUAUGAUUAUCAAAAUAAAGCAUUGUCUAUUUUUUCCUAAAAGCACAAAUCCACAAAUAUAUUACUGAUUUGAACAUUAAUGAUAUGUACAGCUGUGGGGCCUCUGGCCCAAAACCGAACUUUUACACAGGGAUAACUCUUUCAGGGUAUAGGACUAUUACCUGCUGGUAAAAUGUACAGAAUUGUACAACUUGUGUCGGGUUUUAAACGCGCUGAAAUUUGUAAAAGCUUGAUCUACUAAAAUCCAUAACUGUUUGCUUCAACUGUGUUCUUCGUUUGCCACUCACCAAAGAGAGAGGCACCUAGUGUGGAUACUUACACCGUUCAUAGAAUAUAAUGUACAUAUAGGCAGAGGCUUUGUUAAGUUUUACAGUUUAUCAUAGCUGUCAGUUUCCAGUUUUCGUGAAUACAUUUUAGAUGCAUUAUUAGUUUGACCUUGACUUGAAAAAACUGUUGAUUGCACUAGAUUGAGCAACUGUCAAAAAGUGGCUGAAAAUCAUAUCAUUAAUGUAUGACACACAAAAAAAAAAUCUGCCACCAAAAACACAGCACUAACUGUUCAGGCCAGAAUACUUUAAAUGAAUAGCCGGAGCUUGACAUUUAGAGAAAACUCAUUUGAUUUGAUGCAUUGUGUAAAACUGAAAGCAGAGUUUCUGCUGGAUCAACACUUUACAGAAACCACUGUCUCAGCACUGUUCUUUCCCACUGAAUCCCAGCUGGCUAUAGAAUGUAUAUUCUAUAUUCUAGACCCACUUGCCUUUUUAUGACUUCUGUUAUAUCAACUUCCUUGAAUUGGAUGCUUUUUAUUGAAAUGAUCCUUUAAGGUUAUGGAACUCAGCAAGCACAUUUUCUUGGGCUUCUCACAAGGGGUUUAUUUUUGGCUAAGGUUUGGUUCUAGAAUUUUUGUAACCAGCUUUUUAAGGAUUUCACUGCAGUACUGAAGACUUGGACUAUCCCAGACUAUUUGUUCUUGCAUUCAGACUGCUGACGUUACAAUCUGAAAGGAGUGGCUGCAGCCUUGACGGCCUUCACCGUAGUCCACUUCAUAACCAAGUUUCUCAGCAUGCACGUUUAGGCAGCAGACUGUAAUGUUCAUAAAAAAGAGGUUUAUGUCCAUGUUUCUUAUGUCUGGUUUUCCAAAUAAAACUCUUGUACACUCA